AUGGAGGAUUGCUGCAGGGGCUCUUUUCUCUACCAUCUCCCCUCCCUGCUCCUCUUCUUCCAGCUGCCUGCUGGGGGCUCUGCAGAGGAGUUUAUGGUGAUUGGCCCCUCGGAACCCAUUGUGGCAGUGCUGGGUGGGGACAUCACGCUGCCAUGUCGUGUGUCCCCGGCCAUGGAUGUGGAGAAUAUGGAGCUGCGGUGGUUCCGCUCCAAGUUCUCAGAAGCAGUGUUCAUCUAUCAAAGCCACCAGGAGCAGAGAGAAGAGCAGUUGGUGAAGUACAGAGGGCGAACCUCAUUGGUGAAGGAUUUCCUCACCCAGGGGGAGGCUGCUGUGCGCAUCCACAAUGUCCAGGCUUUUGACAAUGGGCUGUACACCUGCUUCUUCCGAAUGGGAAUCUUCUAUGAAGAGGCCAGUUUGGAACUGAAGGUGGCAGGUGUGGGCCCUGCCCCUCAAGUGCACAUCACAGGGCCAGAAGAGGAUGGGGUCCAAAUUGUGUGCAUAGCCUCGGGGUGGUUCCCAAAACCCCAAGUGCAGUGGAGAACUCUAAGUGGAGAGAAGCUCCUGACAUUCUCUGAGACCCAAGCCCAAGAUGCUGAAGGGCUGUUCACCAUAGAGUCCACUCUUGUGGUGAGGGACAGAUCUUCAGGGAAUGUGACCUGCUCAGUCCUCAACCCCAUACUGGGCCAGGAAAAGGCAAUGGCCAUUUUCAUCCCAGAACCCUUCUUCCCUCGGAGUUCUCCAUGGAAGCUGGCUUUCAUGGUGAUCCUCUCUGUGCUGAUGCUCCUACUCCUUGGGGCUGUCUUCUACAUCAUGAGAGAACAUAGUGUAAAGCUCCAGAAGAUGCAGGAAUGGGAGAAAUUGCACAGAGACAAGGAGGAGGACCUGCAGAUAAAGGAGGAGGCACUGAAGGCCAGAGCCUUGAAGGAGGCAAAACUGUAUGCAGAUUGGCGGAAGGAGAAGUUCCAGGCCUUGACUGUCAGUCUGGAUCCAGAGUCUGCCCAUUCCUGCCUUGCUGUCUCUGAUGACAAGACUAGUGUGACCUUCAAGGACUCACCCAAGUCCUCAGAUGAUGGAGUCUAUAGUGUCUUGGGUCAUGAAGGCAUCACAUCAGGGUGCUGUUACUGGGAGGUGGAGAUCAGCAAUGCAAAAAAAAGUGAAUGGGUCCUGGGGGUCUGUAGGAGAGAUGUGGAGAGGAAAGGCUGGUACCAGGAAUCCCCAGAAAAGGGGUUCUGGGUUGUGGGGAUGUAUGAAAAUACAUUAUGUUCCCUUCCUGGUAAUUCAAAACUCGAUGUGCCAAUUCCCCAGAGGGUAGGGGUUUUCCUGGACCUGAAGGAAUGGGAUGUCUCAUUCUACAACAUGACUGAUAGUUCCCACAUUUUCUCCUUCUCUCUCGCUUCCUCCUCUGGGACUCUGUUUCCAUACUUCAGGUUGAGGUCAGGAGAUGUGUCCCUGACCAUCUGCUCUGGGGUGGGUGGGCCUGUGCAGACCCCUGUACCCUUAACAACCCUCCUUGUUCUUCAGAGGAUCCUGUGAGCCUCUCAGGGCAGGAGUUCAGUUCAGGCUGUGGUGUUGAUGGUGAUCUCCCAGGGGCAGAAUCUCCAUUACUCCCCUGUGGUCCUGAAGCUAUGUCCCCAUAAUGCUCCAACACUGUCCCAGAUUCUUCAGGGUGGCUUCUCCUGGAGCUGCAAAUUCCCAAGGGUAAUAGCCUCUGAAGUUAGUCCUGAAUGA